AUGGAAAAUUCAAAAAAGCAUAAUGAUAAUUUGGGUUUAAACAAAAUAGGGAAAAACAUAAGAAAUGGUUAUUUUCAACAAACAAUUAGUUUUGGCAAUGAUAUCAUAAGUAGCAGUAGACAUCUUUAUCCUGACUCUGAUUUUUAUGUAGUUCCCCAAGAAGAAUUCAAGAGUUUUGUUCAGAAUAUUACUGGAAAACAAUCCAAUCAACCAAAAUCUCAAGCUAAAGUUACAAGGUUACAGAAGAAUCGACCUCCACCAUUGUCCAUUGUGAGGCCCCCAAUCCCAGUUCAGGAUUCGGUGCCUGCACCUCCUCCAAUGGGUGCAUACAAUUCAAUGUCGGGACAUCCUGUACAACCAAUUACUGGUCCUCCUUUUGUUUACAAUUCAGAAAAUAAUCUUGUCGAAUCUCCAAUUUCUGCUUUCAUGAGAAAAUUUCAAGAUUCAAUGAUGAAAUAUGACAAUUCAAGAGGUAGCCAGUUUCAACCUUUCCCUCAUCAACCACAAGUAGUCAACAAUUUAGAUGUCCAAUAUCAACCAAUAAUCCCAUACCAGGAACAUCAUUAUCCUAUGAAUGGUAGUAACCAACUUGUGAAUGGUUUCCAUGCCUCACAAACAAAUGACAAUAACCAAGUUGUGAAUGGUUUCCCUUCAACACAAGAAAACGUGUCUAAUCCUUCAAUGUCUCCGAUUGCUACCAAUUCGAAUUUCCUUGUGAACAACAGUAACCAACUUGUGAAUGGGUUCCUUUCCUCACAAACAAAUGGCCCUAGAUCACCAACUUCUGAAUUUUUAUUGUCUUCACCGAAUAGUAACAUGAAUUUUCUAUCUCCUUCGCCAUCAUCUCCCGAAUACCCUUUUUAUCUACAAAAUGGGAUUUUAAUCCCGGAUCCUCCGUCUCCACUUUCUUCAGGUAUAUUUCCUUCUUUUACAAGUCCUAAGAGGUCAGGUUUUCAAUAG